AGCCCGUUUGGUCGAAAGAGUUUGGGAUCUGGUGCUGUUUGUUUGUUAUCAGUCAUUGUACCUACAGAAGCAAAAUGAAACUUUUGACCAGAAUUUCCUUAUUGGUGCUGUGCCUUGGUGGUAUCAGCAGCGCAGCGUCAGUGCCAACGACCCUGGAGGAGGCUCGCGCCGAUACCAUCAAUGAUCUCGUGAUAGGGUUCAUCGAGCAGUUCAAGCAAAUUAUGCCCUGCGGAAUUCCGGAUCUAGGAGUUCCGGUGCUGGUGCCAUUCGAGCUGGAACAUACCGAAUUCGGUUUCGAACAGAGUGGACUUUUGCAGGUGGAAACCGAGUUAAACGACAUCUUUGUGGAUGAUCUGAACAACUUCGACAUUGUCAAGAUUGAUGUGAAACUGCUGCAGCUGCAGGUAGACUUUGGUUUCUUCUUCCACAGCAUCAAAUCCACCGGCCAGUACAAGGCCAAGGGAACGGUCCUCGGAUUGAUCCCCUUCAAUCGAGGUGGCAAAUUUGCCUUCAAUGUCAACGGACUUUCCCUAGAGGGUUCCAUCAAGAUCGGAAUCGAAGGGGAGAAUGUGUUCAUCAAGGAGUUCAAACUGCGACCGAUCGUGAACUCGGUAGAUUCCAAAUUCGAGAACGUUUUCAUCCUGCCCCUGAACACUUUCAUCUUCAACAAAGUGGUGGAAGCUGUCAUUCCGAACUUCCUCCGGGACAACCAGGAACAGGUGACGCAAUUCCUGGAGGAUGCUCUCGUGCCCCAGGUCAAUGGACUACUUGGGGAAUUCACCCUCGAUGAUCUGAUGGGAAUGGUGACGGGAAAUUCAUCGCUUCCCACUGAAUGUUAGAAAACCAAACCUACUAAAAAAUUAUAGGAAAUUUGUUCUUUUGUCAGAAGAACGUGAACUGAGAUUGUAAUUAAUGUGUUUUGUA